UUUAGUACCGCUGAAUAACUUUGAGAGCUUAAAAAUAAUAAUUACAGUGAUAGUCAUUGCGUAUUAUAACAAUAAUCAUAACUUAAAAAUAAAUAUAAAUAUAUAGAUAUUUUAUAGUUGAAUGCAUCGUUAAUAAGAGCGCAUUAAACAAUGAAUAUAAUUUUCCUCUUGAGUUUAAUCUUAAUCGAUGACCUCGAUGUUGUAUGGGGACAAGAUUACUUUGAAAUUAUGAAUGAACAGCCGUGGCAUAACAACCGAGUAAGAUCAGCGGCCAAGAAACCGGAAACUAAUGUUACUAUUAAGAAUGAUAAACCCAGUUCGGAGAAAACUGAGAACAAACCUGGGAGAGAAGUCGAGUGCCGUGGGAUGACUAAAACAUUAAGCAAAAUGGGGAAAGAAGUAAUCUGCAAGCCGCGGAAGACGCUGGUUAAAUUGACUCCAGACCCUGGAUACAUUUAUAUUCCCGACGUGAUCUUAAUAGAUCGGUGCGACGGACGAUGCGGUCAUGAGAGUCAGUCCUGCAUGGCUAUAGAGACAGUUAGUACCCGAGUGCUGGUACAGAGAAUGCAAAUUGGGUCUUUACACUCUCCUUGCUGGGAACUCGAUGUUGAUAAACACACAAGAUGCAAAUGCGAUUGCGAACUUAUGGCGACUGAUUGCAAUUCCCGGCAGAAGUACGACCCAGACGAGUGUCUGUGCCGGUGCACUAAUAUGGACGAGAUGUACGAUUGUUCGCUUAAAGAAGAUAUGUACUGGAAUCAUGAAACUUGUCGUUGUUCUUGUUUGAUUGAAGAAGAAAUUUGUACUGCUGGACUUAUGUGGAUUCCUUCACUUUGCAGAUGCGGCAAAGUACUUACAGACGACAAAAUUCCCUGAAGAAAUAAUCACGAAGUAUAGUCACCAAAAUUGGUCCAAGUGUGAUCCCAAAGCGAAGGUUUUGACCUCGGAUCAGAAUCAACUUUUUUCGGUGGCACUGCAGUUUUAUUAACUUUGUUCAAUACAUCCAUUAAAUUAACAAGCAUUUCAUUAUCCCUAAAAAUAAAAAAAAAAAACAAAGCAUUAA